CUUCUCUGACCAGAACUACUUCUCCCCCAGGUACUAUAUGCAAGGAGUGUGUCGGGAGGGAAGUAAGUGUCUGUUCUCACAUGAUUUAUCUACAAGCAAGUCAUCUACUAUCUGCAAGUAUUACCAGAAGGGACAGUGUGCCUAUGGAGCUCGGUGCAGGUAUGAUCACAUCAGACUGCCUGCACCGGGGGGUGCAGCAGCCCCUGCGCCGCCUCCCCUCUCCUCAGCAGCGGUGCACAACCCUCGCCACCCCCCCGAGCACAGCGCACCCCUUAUCAGGAGCAAACUGCAUGAGACCGGCAAGAGGGAGAAGAAAACACUAGUGCUCAGGGACAGAAAUCUGUGUGGCUUGAAUGAUGAGAAGCAGAAACCCAGUGCCACAAGCGAUGUGGUGUGUUGCAGUGACCAAAAUGAUAACCUAGAAAUGAAGCCCCACUCGUAUUUGGAAGCAAUUUGCAGCGGACUGGAAGAUGCGGUGGCUGGAAGCUCCUGUGCUGACGGGGAGCAGCUGUGUCCCUACGCUGCCGCAGGAGCGUGCCACUUUGGGGAGCGCUGUCUCUACCUCCACGGAGACGUGUGUGAGAUAUGUGGGUUGCAAGUGCUUCACCCUUUUGAUCAGGAACAGAGGAAGGUUCACGAGAUGAUGUGCAUGGCGACGUUUGAGCACGACAUGGAGAAGGCCUUUGCCUUUCAGGCGAGUCAGGACAAGGUGUGCAGUAUCUGCAUGGAAGUGGUGUACGAGAAACCAUCAGCAUCCGAGAGGAGGUUUGGGAUCCUUUCCAACUGCAAUCACACGUACUGCUUGUCUUGCAUCCGGCAGUGGAGAUGUGCCAAGCAGUUCGAGAAUCCAAUCAUAAAGUCCUGCCCGGAGUGCCGUGUGAUAUCUGAGUUUGUCAUUCCCAGUGCUUAUUGGGUAGAAGAUCAGGAGAAGAAAAAUGAGCUGAUUGAAGCAUUUAAGCAGGGAGUGGGGAAAAAACCCUGCAAGUACUUUGAACAAGGGAAAGGAACUUGUCCGUUUGGAGGGAAGUGUCUUUACCUUCAUGCUUAUCCAGAUGGGACACGAGCUGAACCUGAAAAGCCAAGGAAGCAGCUCAGCUCUGAGGGGACUGUGCGGUUCUUCAAUUCCGUUCGUCUGUGGGACUUUAUUGAAGACAGAGAAAGCAGGACUGUGACCAGCACGGACGAUGAAGUAACAGAACUUGGAGAACUUUUCAUGCACCUUUCCGGGGCCGAUGAGGAUUCUGCUACUUCUCAAUAAAGAGAACUAAAGCUCCCAGGAGAGGCUGGGAGCAGCUGCAGCUGGCAGAUGCUGUUACUGAAAGCAGAGGCAGAGCUCAGAUACGGUCCCUCUGAGUGACACUGAAGGUGGCUGGACACAGCAGCUCAGUACCAGCUUUAAACCACGGCAUGGUACAGCAGAGUUCUCUCCAGCACCUUCAGUACACAACCCUAAAGUAGACCCAUGGCUUGAGGACAACGCACAUACCCUGGAAGGGCUGCUCGGCUGCUUAACGCUUCAGAAAGCUUCAUUGUUGAGGCGACACAAGUUAUUUGUGUUGCGAAGCCAAGUGUAUUUAGAGACACUUGUGCAAAACCCCUUACAUCAGCACAGCAUGGAGGGCGCUGCUUUGAUGAUGAAAAACUAGGAUCUGGGUCACUCUCAUAAAGCAAACAGCAGGAACCUUAAUCUGGGAUUCAAAUGUUUCUAAAUGGCGCCAAAUGAGCGACCACAGGAUUAUCUGCUUCAAGUGUUGGGUGGCAGUUCUGGGUCAAAACUGAAGCUGAGAAACAUUCUGGAUGGAAAUGCUGCAUUUCAGUACAGGUUCCAACAGAAGAGGGAGAACACCCCUCUUUGCCAGCCAACACUUCCCUCAAAUUGCAAAUUCUGUUCUCUCUCUUCUGACCUAGGAAAUGUAACUUUUCCACAACUAUUUCCCUCCUGAAGUUAAUUUUUAACAACUCUUCCUGGGAAGUCAGGCCUCAGCCUGUCAGUCUAACACCGCUUGUCAGAACUGGCAGCUGAGGGUGCCGGUUAAAGUCUGACUCUAGGAAGUCUUAUUAAUGUAAUUCCUCAUCACUGCUUACAAAGGUGGAGGAAAAUAAAGCAUCACUAAGAGAGAUCUAGUACUCUAAGAUUAAUGUUCAAGAGCACUUGCCCAGGCAUACUUUACCCCAAAAUACUUAAACAGCCCUUACCUCCCUGCUGAAGCUUGUUUGUACCUGGUCUUGCAUGAUUAUUAUUUUUUUUUUCCAGAGAGGAAUAUUUUCAGUAAUAAAAUAGACCCCAAAAAAGUUAAGGGAGGAGAUGUUCUUUACCUUCAACAAGACAUUCCUGAUUUACUUUGCCCCAAGAUGACAUAAACCAGGUAACAGUAGUCUGAAAUUAAAAAGAUAACUUGUUUUUCAAAGGUAGCUCUGAAAAAACAAAGUUUUAAUUUAAGAGCAGUAAGACUUGGACCUUUUAAAUUGUUACUCAGCAGCUUUAAUUUGAAAUCAAGUGCUAGUCAAAACAAGCCUAUUUAUCAAAAAAUUUUAAUUUUUCAAGAGACACAUAACCUGUUUUAAAAAUGAGGAGUUAAUGGUUUCUUUUUGGAUCUUAGAGCUAAAGUAAAAGCAGUUUACCAUUUCUCCUUUGUUUUUCCUUUUUAAACUUAUUAUAAUGGAGGUAAAAUGAGAGAUAAAUUAUGUUUGGAGAAGGUUGCAGUUAAAAUACCAAGAUUAUUAAUAAAAAUCAUGCAGAAUUAUGGAACAGUUUCCACCAACCCUCAAUUUACUUUUUAGCAAGGACAUUUUAUGGUUAUGCUCAAUUAUCACCUAAGGAUUACUAUUCCACCCUUCUUGUAACAUUAUACAAUAUUCUGAGGACAAAAGGUCUAGAUACUAUUUAUUAAGUGCGUGUCUGGUUUAUGUACUUCAAGUUCCUCUUUCCUUUCAUAGGUGCGUUAGGGGGUUUUCCCUUGCUGCCACUGAGAAGCUGUUUAGACACUACAGGCAGUUAAGGGUCACACAUGCAAGCUGUCAAAAUUCACAGCAGAAGUAUUUUGCCUAACACAUUUUAGGCAGCUGUUUAGACUGAGAUGGUAACAGUGGUUACAGACAUCUUGCCUCUUCACUCACUAGACAGGAGCCCCAUACUUGUCUGUGUGGGCAGAGAAUGACACAAAAUCCCAAGCUGCUAUUCCAAGAAUGGAAACUUGGCUUCCAUUCUUUCCUUAAUCAACAUACUUAAACAGAAUGCUGUUUAAAAAAAUAAAUUCCUAGAUUAAACCACCUGGUGGUUGUCCUCUGUGGAGUUCAGCCAAGCCAAAACGUUCCCUUCUACCUAAGUAAGCAACAAGUUCACAGAAGAUAAAACGCAAAGCAGAACUGGUGCAGGUAAAUAACGUGGUAGUACAUCAGCGUAGGUAUCUUAAGUAAAUGCUGCCGGAAGAUUAUUACAGUAGAAUAAAAACCAUCCUGUACUGGAAGUGAUUUGAAGCCUCUAGGUUGUCUCAUCAAAUGUGUUUUUACUUGAACUGCUAUUACCUAUCCUUGCAACUUUUUAAACAUUGUUCAGAAUGUAAUUUUCUGCGUUUUUCAAAUGGAGAUGUACAUGUCAGAACUAUGGAUGACGACAUUAAAUGAUGACAUUGAA